CCAUAUUCGCAACCACGAGAUACGAGAACGAAACGAAUAUUUGUCAUUGUUAAAGCAGAGGAUUUACAGGUUUAUGGUAUACACUGAAGAGGAAAUGUAUAUAUAAAUUCUUACUACAUAUAAUUUUUGGGUUACAUAGUUUUUGCUGUGGUUCUGUCUUCCCUAAAUUAUAGUCGAAUAUGUCUCUUCAGAAAAUUAAUAAGAAGCCUUUCAAGUCACCAUUCAAUAAUCCAGCAAAGAAUAGUGCAAGCCACCCACAAAAGCAGAUUCCCCUGUGGAAGCAUGAAGACGCGACACAGAAUCAGGUGAAGACUCUUCCUCAGGCUGAAGAAGUGAACCCAAACAUCAAGGGGAACACAGCAAGUAAUUCUAGGAUACUUAAAAAGAAUUUUAAAAAGGGAGAAAAGAAAGAGAAACUUCCCAUAACAUCCCUUACUGAUACAGAAUAUGAUGACAUUUUUUCAUCAGUAAUCAAUAAAGUAAUGGCAGGAGGUAUUCCUUCACCAGUCAUGGAACACAAUGCAGGAAGCAGUGGUGAUGAAGUUGAAAUUGAGAAUAGAGCUGUCAUCCCCAAACCAGAUGAAGCCCAGUCACCUCAUGAAGUAGCGGAAGGUCCAGUGGAAUAUAUUACAACAAAAGUUCAGGCACAGCAACCUUUCUCAAGAAAAGGAAAAAUGGCACCAUUUAUUAAUGCCAAUAAAUGUGUGUCUGAAGCUGCAAGAACCAAAGAUUUAUUUUCAUCCAAGAAAAGGAAUUUUGAGGAUAUGCAGGAAAUAGCUAAGAAGACAAAAGGUCCCACAUCUACCAUGAAACCAAACCUACAAUCCCUGCCAGUGCAUCCCAAGAAACAGCAAACUCUUGAGGUGCAAGAUCAGACAGAUAGAAGCAAUAAAGCAGAGAUGAAACAUGUAUAUGCAUGUCAGAAAUUUAAGACUACCUGUAAAGAUAAUAACAAUGUUCCUGAGAUGACGAAAGUGCAACAGAACCAGUCUACUAAGCCAAAAGACAAUUCUUUGCAGAAGUCAGCUUUUAGUGAACACAAGGAGAAGAUGGUGAAUGAUUCGUCUCAGUUAAGCCAGACCAAUUCUUUACCGAAUCAGAGUGGUAGCCACUCAAAGCCCAGCACCCAGUGUAGUCAUCACUCUCAGGAGUGUGGUAAUGUUUAUAAAAAGAAACACGCCCACAACUGUAGUAAACGUACACAGGAUAGCAAUAUUCAUCAGGAUACUAUCACACAGAAGACUGGUUCCCAGAGUCAGUGCUCUCAGACCGCUCUGAGUCAGCCAGGACCAGAAUUAUCACUGAAGGAGAGGCUGUUAUGGCUUCAGAAGCGGCGUGAUGUGGGAUUAUGGGUUCAAUGUUCCCGUCCAGAUUGUAACAAGUGGCGUUAUUUACACGACAUUCGUGAUCCUGUUGAAAUUCCUCCAGAAUGGUUUUGUCAGAUGAAUUCAGACAAUAAGUUCAACAGCUGUGCUCUUCCUGAAAAACCACCGACACCAUUAGAAGAAGAAGAUUUAAUUCACAAUGUCUACACAGCUGGCUCAAUCGUAUGGGGACGCCUUGCUGGCUUCCCUUGGUGGCCAGCAAUUGUAGAUGAUGACCCUGAUACUGAACAGUACUACUGGCUUAAUGGUUUCUCUGAUAUUCCUACUCAUUAUAACGUUGCAUUCUUUGAUGAAAAAGAAGUGACACGUGCUUGGCUCACACCUGGUGCAAUGAGACCUUUCACAGGCAAUGACAACUCCAAAGAAUUCAAGAAAACAAUAGCACAUGGGAUGGAUUAUGCUAAAAGACUUCAAGUCGCUAGGUUGCAAGCACAGAAAGCCCUGCUUAUGACUACUGCUGAACGUCUGAGGACUUUCGGUUUUCUUGCUCGCUACAAAGGACCAAUUGGUUCCAUCAAGAAGAAGAAGCAGCAGCAGCAAGAUAUAAAAAAACAUGCUGGAAAUGAAGGCACAUAUUCUCAGAACACUAAUGAAUAUGAAAAACUGGAUGCAUACAGAAACCUUCAAGAAGAGGAAGAGAAACAAAAGCCUAAAAGGAAGAGAGUGAAACAAUUCAACAUUAUAAAGCCUUAUGUAAAGAAAAUAAAGGGACAACCAGCGAAUAAUGAAGGAAACAAUGUAUCUGAAGCCACUGAUAACAUUUCUAAAAUUGAAAAUAACAAUGUUCAAGAAAACAAUUCUUCCCACAGACCAAAUCAGACUAGUUUCAAUAGUUCUCUCUAUACUCAGGAACUAAGCAGCCAGGAGAGUGAAAAUUUUAAUAAGGAACCCUUUACUGAUGCUAGAAGCAAAUCAAUGGAAUUUGAAUCAACGAAUGAAACAAGCCAAAAUGCCCCAUCACCAACCAAGGCAGAAAAUGUGUCCUUACCAAAAUGUAUACAGCCUAGUACAAAUAAUGAAAGACAGGAGGCAACAAAUGAAAUGCAAAUACCUCAAGAUUAUGGGAGUGAGACACAGUUUAGAGUUGCUUCCAAGCAAAGUGAAGAUACAAUAAAUUGUUCACAGGAUUUCUUCUUAUCUCAGGUUGGACCCAUUGAACAGAAUAUGUUACAGAAAAAGAAAGUAGGUACUUACAGUGGUACCGCAGAUGUUCAAGGGUUAAACAAAUCGUCCUUAUCUGGCCAAGCUAACUGCAGAAAUGUGAAUGCUCCUUGUGAAAAAAAUAAAGCAAGUGAAAUCACAGUUGACAGCUGCAUGGCUACAUUAGGGGAGACAAGUGGAAUGGGACAAAUAAGAGCAACAAAUUCUCCAAUUAAAGUUGUAGAAGAGGAUACAGCUAACAUGUUAGGAUCUUGUGGAGAUUUUCCUGAUGAUACAGCUAUGACAGAAAUUGACAUUUCAAUACAGUCCAUUCUGCAGCAUGAUAUAAGCAACUUAAGCACAAGUAUUGCUCCCACAGGCUCACAUUCAAACUGUUCUGACAAGGUGCCACUUGUUCCUAACAGUCAGUUUGAAACUCCCUCUACCAAAGAAGGUCAAUUAGUUGAUCAAAAUUGUGAUGCAGUUGUACCAGAGCUGAAUAUUGAUGAUUUUGAUAACAAUUCUUACAAUUCAGUUGAUUUUGAGGUAGAGGAGUAAUUUCAUUAUUAUAAAGGGGUUUGAGUAUUUAAUGCUGUGACUUUAAGUUUUCUGUAAAUCCUGUAAUGUUGUACUCUAAUUUGUGUCCCUAAUAUUGUACUUUAAUUUGUGUUUCAUGACAUCAUUUUCAGUAACUCCUUCAACUAAACUAGUUUAGUUAGACUUUUUUAAACAUUACAUUUUCAUUUGCAUUUCAUGGUAUUACUUUUACUAACUCCUUGAAGCUGAUCAGUUUAUUCAUCAAUAUAAUUAAUUGUUCAGUAAACAGUGUAUUUUAAUUUGUAUUUCAAGACUCCAUUUUUAGCAAUUCCUUGAACUGAAUCAGUUCAGUUAGGGCCGAGCGAAUGUUCAGUAAACAUCAUAUUUUAAUUUGCAUACCAGUGUAUUAUUUUUAGCAUUUCCUUGAAUCAUUUGGGACUAAACGAAUGUCUGAUAAACAUUGCAUUUAAAUUUGUAUUUCAGGGUACUAUUCUUAGUAACUCUUUGAAGUAAAUCACUUUAGUUAAAACUAGUUAAGGGUUCACAAAAUAUUGCAUUUUAAUUAAUAUUUCAGGAUACUCAUUUUAGUAACUCUUCGAUGUAAAUCAGUUUAAUUGAGACUAAUUAAGAGUUCAGUAAACAUAUAAUAAUAAUUUGUAUUGAGGGUACUGUUUUUAAGAGUUCCUUGAAGUAAGUCAGUUUAGUCAGGACUAAUUAAAUGUCCAGUAAAUAACAUAUUUUAAUUUGCACUUCAAGGUCAUGUUUUUUGUCAUUCUCUGAAGUGAAUCAGUUUUGUUAGGGCUAAGUGAGUGUUCAUUAAAUAUCACAUUUCAAUUUGCAUGUCAGGAUAUUCUUUUUAGCAAUUCCUUGACACGAAUCUGUUACGAUUAAUUGAGUGUCUAUUAAAUGUUGUAUUUUAAUUUGUAUUUCUGGACACUCAUUUCAGCAACUCUGUAAAGUAAAUAAUUACUUACUUAUUAAGUGUUUAGUAAACUCUUGUCUUUAAUUUGUAUUGCUGGAUAUUAUUUUUAAUAAUUCCUUGAAGAAACUCAAUAUAAAGCAGCUGGGUCUAGUUACGUGAUCAAUGGAAUAUCCAGAUAUUAUUCUUAACAUUUCAGUGUUAGUUUCCAUUUCAUAUGAGUAUAAGUCUUCAGAAGUGGGUUCUGUUUGUAAUUCAUCCAGUGAGAGUUUGGUUAUAUACCACAAAAUUAAUACAUUUUUAUUUGUGUUACAACAUAAGAGGUCAGUAUUAAAUGCUGAUUACAUUAGUAAUUUUUCAGUAAUAUCUUAAAUAAUAUUUUGUUAUUUAAUACUCUGUUUUGUAUGUUUCUUGUUGAAUAUAAGCUAUGAUAUCAGUUCUUUAGUGUCUCAAAAAUUAAAGGAUCCUAUAAAAGUUAUAGGAAAGCACAUGUAGGUUUACAGAUGAGUAUUAGUUGUUGUUUGCAAUGUUCUUCUGCAAAAGUUGUAUUUUAUAAAUGAAGCAGUACACACAUUCAAGUAGCAUAAUUAAUUUUGUGUGAUAUCUCAAUAAAGAAAAAUAACAUA